AUGGUUGCAUCGCCAAAUAUGAAGAAUGGCAAAUCUUUCCAAUCCAGGAAAAUGUCAAAAAUAUCAGGGAAACAUUCAGAAAGCACGAUGAAUAGAACCGGUGAAGAGAACAAGGAAACAUCAUGGAAAUCCAUUUAUCUGGUGACAGCGAUUUGCAUGUUCUGUGGAGUACAAUUUUCUAUAUACUUCCCUACACUUUGGCCAUUUCUGAAAACGGUGGAUCCAACAACUUCAGAGAUGUUUUUUGGUAUCAUCACGGCCUCAUUUUCACUUGGUCAAGGCAUGGCGUCCCCGAUAUUCGGGUUUUGGAUGAAUCGCUCGAAGUCUAUACGACAACCGCUGAUCUAUGGAAUCACUAUAAUGAUCGUAGCGAAUGUCAUUUUUUGCUUUGUAGAAGCAUUUAAGCAAGAAGAACGACGAUGGGUGAUGAUGGUAUCUAGGUUUUUCGUUGGUCUCGGCGCUGGGACCGUGAGUGUGAUGAGAGCCUAUGCGGCCACCGGCAGUAGUCUGAAGGACCGACUGCGAGCAAUCACGCUUGUGCAGGCCGCCUAUGUGAUCGGUAUGACAAUCGGACCAGCAAUGCCGGUGGUGUUCUCUCCCAUUAACUACCCCGGAUGGGUGUUUGGACCGUUGCAUGUCGAUAUGUACACCUCAUCAGCCUGGUUCGCAUGUUUGGUAUGCAUCGUUUCAUUAAUUCUCUUACUGAUUCUACUAGAAGAGAAGUACGCUGGUGUUCAGGAUGAAGAGGAAGCCGACUACAAUCCACUUCCGAAAUUCGACGUGCUUCCUGUUUCUAUUUGUGUUCUGACACAAUUCACUUUGAUGUUCAUCAUCACCAAUUUGGAAACGUAUGUACGUUUGAAUCUAGCUACACUUAUUGUUAUCAUUAUGUUAACUAUCUUAAUUACAGGCAUUAUACAGGCGUUGAACGGCAUAUUCAGCAUAUUUAUCUAUGCAAGUUUUGUAUUAAAAUUUGGCGACUGUAUGUCUAAAGGCCGUGAGCGAAUUUGUACGAUGUUUGGCCUAGGACUGGCACUCCUCUACCACAUCGCCACUUUUCCAUUUCCAUUUGGGCCAACGUUGAAAUUAACAACUAAAGUUCUUCCGCACAACGUCACAUUGAAGCUGGGAUGUGAUCCUCGUGAAUACGCUUGGUGCAGUUCGACACACUACGUCACAUUUUGGCUGUACGGGGUGUUGUACUGCACGCUACUGGCUGCUGCUUUUCCUUUCGUUACUGUCUCGAUGAACACCCUCUUCAGCAAAAUUCUUGGACCUAGGAGACAGGGAACAAUGCAGGGUAUUAUGCUAAUGGCUGGAAGUCUUGCUCGUGUAAUCGGACCACUUGUUGUGUCAUCUCUAUUUCAACUACACGGUCCUGUUCCAGUCUGGAGUAUCGAGAUUGGAACACUCAGUAUCACGCUACUCCUCUGGUCAUUGUUCUAUAGACGGCUCGUCCCACUCAAAAUCCCCGACCUGUCGUCCGGAGAGUACAUGAAGUAUCCAAAUGGAAUUAAGUACCGCUUGUGA